GUUGUAAUGGCGGACAAAAUCUGUUAUUCGAAGGCUUGGGCAACCUGUAUGAGUACCAAAGCAACAGUUUGCCAUAAAUUCCGUUCAUCUCAAGCGGAAGUGAGGGAGUUUAGCGGAAAGAGGUAUGCAUUUUUUUUAAGGUUAGGGAAAAACCCGCUCGUUAUUUUAGCAGUCUUCGUAGUUCUGUAGCUGAGCCUGUUUGGCUGGCUCAACAACAGUCUAUUAUUGUACAACUAUUGCGCAAUUUGCUGGGCUAUAUUGGGUUUGGGAUUUCUGAAAAUAUCAUUAUCACCAUUUCAUUUUUUUUAUGCCGCCUUUCUGCAGUUAAAAGCCACGUCCUGGGUGGCUUACAACAUGAAAAGAAUUACAUAAUUACAAAAGUGAGUAUACUUAUAAACAGUAAAUAAAGCACAUCAAAAAGUUCACAACAAAACUGAACAAUGUCCACAUAAAUCAUAAACACAGCUACAAAAAGAUACUAUCAAUAACAGCAAAAAAGGAGAAAACAACCACCCCAAACAAUAACUCUCCAAAGAGUAUGUAUAUUUGUAUAUUUAUUUAUAAAGUUAUUAAUAAAGUUAUCUGAUAAAAAUUAAAUAUGAAAAUUAAGAGAUCUGGGGUAGAUUGGGAAGCAAAUGCAUAUUUUGAAACCUGCAGAAUCUCAUGAUUUCUAGCUUAGCCUUCUAGGUCUGUAGCUGGAAUGGGUGGAUGAAGUCUCUGCCCGCCCCCCUCCAUUUUUUUUUUUAAUUGCAAAUAAUUAAAUCAACAGGGAAGGUCUUUGUUUUUCCUUCUUAACGAUCCUGCUUUUGUUUCUCUCAGGCCAGCAAGUCUCCAGGCACAAAAAAUAAUGUGUGUGUGUGUGUGUGUGUGUGUGUGUGCGUGCCUCUGAUCACCCACCUUAAGCCAAUCAGAACUGUGCUUCUUCAAAUCUGUGCCAACAAUCUAGCUUGCAGGAGUGUGUGAGAGAGAUGUUGGAAGACAGAGAGAGAGAGAAAAUGUGUGGGUUUUUUUCAUUUCAUGGCAGAGGGCAGGGGGGAGAACUUUCCACAUGCUUCCUUUCGGGAGGACAAUUUGGCAACACUUUUUUCUCCUUUGCUAUUGGGGGGGGCUUCCUUUCUCCCCUUACAUGAAGGGCAACAGGGAAUGCGGAGGGAAUAUGACUGCAGCAGAAAAAUGAGGGGCUUUUUGUUGUUAGUCGCCCUGACUUCAGCAUAUUUAGGAGACUUGUUUCUGAACCUGGUUGUUCCUUAUAACGUAUAGAUAUCGUUCCUUCUCCAGGUUCAGAUGCAGUCUGUCUCUGAAUAUCUUGCUUAGGGCACAAGCAGGAUGCUGAAGUCGAUGGACCUUUGGCAUGAUCCAGCACAGCUGCUAUUAUAUUCAAAGGGAUCCCCACCCUUUUUAAAAUAAAAGAUUGCUCCCUUUCCAUCCAGUUUCUUCAGUCCAGUCUAUUUUUAUCUGUGCUAACCUGCAAACACAUUUUAAGCUGGCCUGAUACUAAACUUUUUUAGGGGGGUGGUUAAAAGGGGGGGUGACUGUUUAUCUGCUAAUUAGUGAGCAGAAGUAUUAUUUGAUCAUUCUUUUGAGUAUAGCUAAGGCUGUUUGUUAUGAUUUAUAUGGUGGGUGCGUUGCUUACUCAUAAAUGUUAUCUUAGACGAGAUACUGAUGGAUUGCAUUAUUCCUCCCACUGUUUCUUCUUCCCUUACGGUAGAGUGUGUGUGUGUGUGUGUGUGUGUGUGUGUGUGUACGAUUAUUGCUGUAAGUCACUUGGAGAUCUUCAGUUGGCAAACUUAAUAAAUAAAGAUAAGAAAAAUAAGAAAAACUAGGGAGAGAAAACUCUGUGCAACUAGAAGCAUUUUAAAAGUGUUUGCACGUAUCGUAUUUUUGGCAAUGGAUGCAUUAUGAUGUAAUGAAUGCAUAAAUUCCAAACCUACAUCAGUAGGUGUCUACCUUAAUUUCUUAAUCAUAAUACAGUGGUACCUCGGUUUACAUACGCUUCAGGUUACAUACGCUUCAGGUUACAGACUCCGCUAACCCAGAAAUAGUACCUUGGGUUAAGAACUUUGCUUCAGGAUGAGAGCAGAAAUCGUGCUCCUGCGGCGCGGCAUGUUAUCCAUCUGAACCAUGAAGCACAAGUUAACAUGCAUUGUUAUUGUUACUGUUAUUAUUGAAAAAUGGGCAAAUUGAUAAAUCACAGUGAUGGCCAAACUUGGCCCUCCAGCUGUUUUGGGACUACAACUCCCAUCAUCCCUAGCUAACAGGACGAGUGGUCAGGGAUGAUGGGAACUGAAGUCCCAAAACAGCUGGAGGGCCAAGUUUGGCCAUCACUGGAUAAAUGGAAUGAAUGCUGUUAGCAGCUCAGUUGCUAGAGCAUGAGAUUCUGAAUCUCGGGGUCAAGGGUUUGAGCCCCACGUUGGGCAAAAGAUUCCUGCAUUGCAGGGAGUUUGUGUAGAUGAUCCCUCCGACACUGCAAUUCUAUGAAUCUCAUCAGAAAGGUGUCGCCAAGCGUCUAGCCCAGGCAUAGGCAAACUCGGCCCUCCAGAUGUUUUGGAACUACAAUUCCCAUCAUCCCUGACCCGUGGUCCAGCUAGCUAGGGAUGAUGGGAGUUGUAGUCCCAAAACAUCUGGAGGGCCGAGUUUGCCUACGCCUGGUCUAGAAGACGCGCAGCACCAGCUGCUGCAGGCAACUCUUUUUUAUGACUUGGGAUUCCGCUCUGCGUCUCUCUCUCUCUCUCUCUCUGGCCGCGGUAGUCACAUGUCCAGCCUUCAUGUCUUUGAUCCCACCCUCCUUGCCAGAGAGAGAGGCAAGGGAGGAAACAAAACACGGGGGGGGGGGACCUGCCGGCGAGCAGGAGAGCAACAAGCAAACAGGAAAAAGCGGAACUCGGAUUCCGAGCUGUUGCUGGGACGCGUAAAGGGGCAACAGGGAGGACUCGGGAUUAAGUGCCGGAUCUGUUCCAAGGGGGGGUUCAGCCCGCUCUCCUCUCACUUGAGGGGCUUUCUUCGACUCGUAUCGGCGAUGGUUGUUUUUCCCCAGGUAUGUGAGCGGCGGAUACAUCCGUUCCGUUUUUUAAACCUUCCUGUAAGCAGGUGGGAAGCUUGUCCGGGGCCAUUUCGAAAAGGCAUUUCUGUGCGUAAAGACGCACGGGGCGGGCGCAGGGGACUGGGGUUCAAGCAUCCAGGCCGGCCCGAGAUCUUUGUGGGGCUCCCCAUGACCUGUGGCGGGCCUCCGGGUGCUUUUCUGCCGAUUAUUAUUGUGUGGUGCCCUAAUUCAUCCCCGCGCAUUGAGGGCGGGGUGGGGUGACAGAAGCUGCUGAUUCCGAGGAAAAUAAUAGGGGUGUGUUAUGCCGGAAACUAAUCUUCGGUUAACUGAGGCGGAGAAGAGAGAGCAGGCGCGAGAGACACGAGGAUUAAAAUUUCCGAGUUUGGAAAUAAAGGGACUACCUCAAAUGCGGUCUGCAUUCGGGGAAGGAAGAGGCCGAGGCUGCCACUCGAAUGGUUUAGCCCUGGGGAACAGGCAGAGAUGGGACUUAAUGUCUGCAUGUACAACUUCAUUCUAUCUUCUUGAAAUAGCUGCCCUGCCUUUCCAGCGUGAGUUUUUUUUAAUCUUCUGCAAUGGCAUUGUUUGUUACAUUAAUCUCUUUAACCAUGGCCACGGAAGCCACAGGAUUUCUGCAAAACUCCUACCAGCUGAGCUCUGCCAGAUCAAAAUGAAGGCACGCUCAAGAUUGUUUUCUCUCUUCCGAGUAGUUUUGUGGGGCAGGAGUGUUUCCCUUGUCCUGCCCCUCUUUGGGCAGUGCAUUCACUUCUAGAAGGGCUGUCAUGGCGUAAGAAACACUUCUUUCAAAAGAGACCUCUGACAGCUGUGACAGCUGUCUGGCAAUGUUUCAUAACAACAUUCUAAGGUUGGAGGAGAGGUCCAGCAAGAGGCCAGCUGGCGACAUUUGUGGUUACCCUGCCCCAUUCUCCUUUGCUUGACCUUACCUGUGUAAACUACCUUUAAUACCUUGUGAUCAGUGACCUUUCGCUGGUGUAAGGGGGUUGGCUAACGUCUCGUCUUUAGUGGAGUAUGCCCAACUCUUCAUUUCCUGUGGCAGUGCAAAAAACAAAAUUGCACAAAUACAUAAAACAAAUGUAUAAAAACCUUUGUCUAAAAAGAAAGCUCUGCUUGAGUAGGGGGAACCUAACCAGGCCCGCUGGGAAGUCUCAUCCUAUAGAACCAUAGACCUGUAGAGUUGGAAGGGACCCUGAGGAUCAUCUAGUCCAACCCCCUGCAAUGCAGGAAUAUGCAGGGAUAAAACCUGCAACCUAGGCAUGAUCAGCACUUUGCUCUAACCAGCUGAGCCAUCUAGCCUGGGAAAAUUCUAACACAUUAUUUUCUUAGAGGAUUAGGAUUAUCACAUAAUCAACUUUAAACCACACACAAAAGAAAUUUCAUGAACAGGCCUUUCUGGUUCCAGGCAGGCAUCUAUGAUAGUUUACAUUUUAAUCCUGCUCGUCAGCCAAAACAAAAAAAAAAAAAUAGCCUCCAGAACAACUUAGAAAUCACUACAAACACACUCAGGAACCAAGAAGACAAAAACUUCAGGAAAGAAUGGGGGGGGAUUAUAGUUUAUUUAGGAGACCCCUGUAAGCAGAUGAAAACAUUAGCAGGGUUUUAAUAUCGCUUGUAAUGUAACAAAUAUUUCGGACCAUAUGGACAGAUACAAAAUAUAGAUUAUGAAAUAAUGUGCUGUUGAAAAUGUUAACAAUAAGACCCAUGGAAGGGAUGGUGGGAAGUCUCAGGAUUCAGAGUAAUCGCUAUAUACGGAUGUGUACUUGGUAUUGUUAUAAAUUUACAUUUACAUAAAAACGAUUGGGGGGGGGAUCACUACAAACAGGACAGCCAGCAGCCUCAGAUGUUUAAUCUUAAAAGGUGUAGCGCAAAAGAUUGCCUUACCCCAGAUGUUCUCACGCGCCCACUUUGAUUGGUGGAACUCACACUUUUAUAGGAUCCACACAAUACCCGCACCGUAAGAACUGAGUCAUUCAGUACGGCUGCAGUAGCACUUUAUAACUCCCUGCCUAUAGAUAUCAGGCUGGUGCCUUCACUAUUCUUUUUGGUCCCUGCUGAAGACAUUGCUAAUUUCGGCAAGCCUACCCAGAUGUUUAGAAAGUUUGUAUGAGUUUGGUCUAUUCUGAUCUGUUUUUGUAUGUUUAAAAUUAUAGCUGUGCAUUUUUUUUUUAGUGGUCAUCUUAUUGUUUUAUCUUUUUUUGUGAACUGCUUUGAGGUUGUAUCCUACAAGCAAGCAGUAUAAUAAAUUUCAUGAAAUAAGCAAAUAAAAUAAAUAACAGAAAAACGUACUGAGAAAAUAGAGAGCAUAAACCAGACAUAGGCAAACUCGGCCCUCCAGAUGUUUCAGGACUAAAGUUCCCAUCAUCCCUGACCGCUGGUCCUGUUAGCUAGGGAUCAUGGGAGUUGUAGUCCCAAAACAUCUGGAGGACCGAGUUUGCCUAUGCCUGGCAUAAACAAACUCAGAUGCAAGGUUUUGGUGACAGGCUCUUUUAAUAGGCAACUGGGGUGGGAAAGCUCAGAGUGGAGGCAUGGAAAACAGCUGGGGUCUCAGCUGGAGCAACAGAGUGGCCUUGCACUCCUUUUCUUCCUUCCUCUGCUGCAGCCUGGCUUCUCAGCAGAGAUUGUGGUGGCCCCUCGUCUUUUUGUACCUUCACUUCUGAAUCAGCCUGAUCUGAUGCGACACAGUCCACAAAUGUUGUUUCUCCCCCCUCCCCCUCCUCUUUUCACAGAUCUGACCCUAGCAAUUCAGCUCCGUUACCCAACCGGAAGACCCUCCAGCCCCGAGGAAUGGCCUGAGGCAUGAGCCCGGGACCCCCUGGAAGUGGCCGCCAUGCUGCCGCGAGGACUGCAGCCUUGUGGGAGGCUGUGCCGCUGGUCCAGCCCCUUCCUGCAGCUCCUUGCCUUGACGGCGGUGACGUUCGUCGUGCUGGCGCCCCUGACUUGCCACCGCCUCCUUCACUCUUACUACUACCUGCGGCGCUGGUACCUGAGCCCCAUGAGCCAAGACUUCCUCCAGCAGAACCAGGAGGACGGCCUGAGAGCCCUCCACUACUUUGAGAGGCUGCGGGUGCACAAUGCCUCUGAGCCGGCGCCCGGCGAGGCCCGCCGGACGGGCUUGCUCAUCACCAUCAUAACCGUGCAGCGGCACCCCGAGUUCCACUACGUCCUCCAGGUGGCGUCUCGCUUCCACAGCCUGCUCCGCCAGUGCGGGGCCCCUUGCCGGCGCCACCAGAUCUUGCUCUGCAACGUGGAGGCCGACCCCAGCACCCACGCGGACGCCCAGCUGCUGGCCGGCUUCUUUGGCGUGGCGAACCGCUACGGCAGCCGGCAGGCUCCAGAGCCGUCACUGAACCAGUUUGAGAAGGAGAAGCGGGAUUACGCCUACUGCCUGGAGAAGUCGCUGCAGGACUACGACCCGGAACACGUGCUGCUGGUGGAAGACGAUGCCGUCCCAGAGGAUGAGAUCUUCCCGGUGCUGAACCACCUAUUACAGGUCCGCUUCUCCAAGCCCCACCUCCGGGACGCCCUCUACAUGAAGCUCUACCACCCCGAGAGACUGCAGCGCUACCUCAACCCGGAGCCCAUGAGGAUCCUGGAGUGGCUCGGAGUGGGCAUGCUGGGCGGCUCGCUGCUGGGGUUCGCGUAUGCCUGGGCGGCCGGCCGCCCCGGCCCCAGCUGGCCCAUCGCUCUGUUUUUCGCCCUGUACAGCAUGCUGCUGGUGGAGCUGGUUGGGCGUCACUACCUCCUGGAGCUGCGCCGCCUGGCCCCGCCCCUCUACAACGUCGUGCCUGCCACCGAGUGCUGCACCCCUGCCAUGCUGUUCUCUGCCCCUUCUGCCCGCCGUGCGCUGGGCUACCUGAAGAAGCUGCGCUGCCGGUCGGGUUUUGCCAAAGACACGGCCCUGUACUCGCUGCUGCGCACCAAGGGCGAGCGGGCCUUCGUGGUGGAGCCCAACCUGGUCAGGCACGUGGGGAUGUUUUCAAGUCUCAGGGUAAACAUCAAUCCCAAGCUGCUUUGACUCCUCAGGUGUACGAAGAGCUGGAGCGGAGGGUGUCGCGAAUUCUCCGCGGCGCUUUAGCAGAAAUGCUCAGAGUUCCAGGUUCUUCAGUGCAGUGUAUUUAUUGUGAGCUAUAUAUACAAAUAUCUGCAGGCUAUAAUACACGAGCAGUUCGUACAGUCAAACAGAGUACCUGGCUGCACCUUAAGGCAAAUAGGAAGACCUUUCUAUCUCUCCCUCUCUGACCACACUCUUCUACACCACCCCUUUACUGCUGGAUGGGUUUCCCUUUUAAACCGAGGACAGCCAAUCAACUGUCAGCACAUUACCGCUGACCCAGCACUUCCAUAGAAAGUAUUGCAGGCUGAUUGUAUCAGCUAGCAAACUCAAGCCUGCAGACUUACUAUCUCUCACAGCAUUCUGUGAAUCCCGACAGAGGAACCGGAAGCCCCUGGGUGAGGUCUGUUCCCAGACUGCCAGGGCAGAGGCUGAAGGCUUCCCAUGAAAUGCACGAGACAAACAUGUUGAGGAAAAUGCUGUAGAUGAGCCUUCCCCUGCCCCUAAGACGCUAGUUUUCUACGGGUUGGGAGGGCAUAUGGCCUAAUUAGCCCCCCUCUCCCCAUGCCUCCAUGAUGGUGGUGAUGAUGGGGAUGUAGGCAAUGGUGAUGUACCCCACCUUUCCCCUGGCCCAGACUCAAGGCAGCUUUGGCCAUCCCAUAUUGGGUCUGGUGUGGGGCAAGUAACGAUGGGGCUGGGUUAGUGGGGAGGGUAAGCUGACUAGCAGCACCUGCGAAGCCCCAUGCAUGGUGCAAGCGCCAACACUCAGCUGGUUGGUGGUGUUUGCAGAGAAUCAUGCAGGUUGCUUUGAAGGCCCGAUGAUUGGCCACUUGCUGGGGCUUCAAAGCACCAUGCACCAGGGUGGUGAAGAUGGAUCGCCUGGUGUCAUUUUGACAUUGAGUGAUGUCAAGUGAUAAGGUGGCCCUGCCCACCUAUGAAACUUGGCCAGUGGGGAAGGUCAGGAUCCAACCCGCCAGCUGGAUCCAAUCCCCAUCCCUGGUGCAAGGCGAAAAGGGGGAGAUGCACGAGGAGUCAGAAAUAGUGCAGUCCAGCAAUAGCUGUGUCACAUGGGGCUUCUGCUCAUUUCUUGGUUGUCUCGGCAGAUAUAUAAUAGGACAGCACAAAGCUCGACAAUGGGAUGAAGAUUGCAAAGGUGUUACUUUUUAUAGACUCUUUAAAAUAGCUUUAUAUCCUCUACAAUAAACUAUUUUUAAGAGACACUUUCCCUUCAAUGAGAACUCCUAUUGAACUCCUGUUGUCUUUUUAGAAGACAGAACUAUUUUGUAAACAGCUUUAGCCUAUAUCAAAACCAAGAUAAUUUUCCAGGAAAAUUUUCACCUUUGUCUUAAUAUCUGUUUUGUUUGUUAUGUCAUUCUUUCACCAAGCGCCUCGCCCACUAGCAGUAUCUACAUCAUCAUCAUAAACUUUAUUGCACUAGCCAAAGGCCAUAGCAUCAUUCACAAAGGGAACAAAAAGAAAAGCAACAAUAACUAUAAAAACCAUAAAAACAUCAGGC